GUCAUCAGUCCGCGACGCAGCGUGUAGGACUGUGAAGGACGCCGGUGAGAGGAUUGGGAUGAUAUCGAGUCAAAUAUAGAGGUGUGACAGCUGGUCAUUGUUGCGAUGGCGGUGUCUUGUCUGACCCGAGCCCUGCGCUCCAUGACUCUCUCCCAGCUUGCACUGCUCUCCUCAGAGGCGGUCAUUCAGACUAAACUGGGAGCUCCGAGUACAGCCGUCCAGGUGAGAGGCUUCCUGACUACGGCGUCUCUGGAGCAAAACAGAAGUUUGUGGAAGCAGAUGAAGAAAUACACCAUCAAACCAAUAGGCAUGAAGAAGACCGGGGGCCGAGAUUAUACCGGAAAGGUCCGGACACACGGCAUCGGAGGAGGCCAUAAACAGAAAUACAGAAUGAUCGACUUCCAGCGACUGUGCUACGAAGCCGACAAAGAGGCCAAACCGUUUGAGGAGAAGGUCGUUGAGGUGCGAUACGAUCCAUGCAGGUCGGCGGACAUUGCUCUGGUCGCUGGAGGAAACCGUAAACGUUGGAUCAUCGCUACGGAGAACAUGGUGACCGGAGACAUCAUUAAAACAUCCGGGGUUAUCGGACGCAUGGCGGUUGUGGCGAAUGAGGGCGAUGCGUACCCGCUGGGGGCUCUUCCUGUUGGAACGCUGGUCAACAACCUGGAGAUUCAACCGGGGAAGGGAUCGGAGUACAUCCGAGCUGCAGGUACCAGCGGUGUUCUGCUGAGAAAAGUUAGCGGGACGGUGAUUGUCCAGCUCCCCUCGAAGCAGCAGGUUCAGGUGCUGGAGACAUGCAUGGUCACGGUGGGACGGGUAUCGAACAUCGACCACAACAAACGGAUCAUCGGCAAAGCCGGCAGGAACCGCUGGCUUGGCAAACGCCCUUCAAGCGGCCUGUGGCAGAGGAAAGGCGGCUGGGCGGGACGGAAGAUUAAACCUCUGCCUCCGAUGAAGAGCUACGUCAACCUGCCUUCCAUCUCGGCGUAGAAACCAACAUUUGGGACUGUAGAUUAUUUUCCUGUCAUGUUGGAGUGAUGUCUGAAUGAAUAAAGACGAGACGUUUGUACAGAAGAUUAAAAAUUUUUAUUAAACACAA